AUCGUUUUCAUCUUCCCCUCUUCUCCCUCUCACUUGUUCUCCCUCUAUACAUCCUACCUCCUACAUUCUACGUCAUCGCCCGUCAUCUUACCUUUUUACUCCAGUCCCAAUAACCAUGUCAGCCACGAUGGAAGCCGCGCGCCGCUUCUUCACAUCGCCGCAGUUUGCCGUGGCGGGAGCCAGCAACGAUCGCAACAAGUUUGGCUACAAGAUCCUUGCCUGGUAUCACUACCACUCGCUGCCCGUCACUCCCCUCAACCCUCGCGCCCCGGAGAUCCAGCUGGACUCGCAGAAAUACCCCACGGUCGCAUCGCCCCGCGACUUGCCCAACCCCAAGCAGACCUCUCUCUCCAUCGUGACGCCCCCGCCGGUGACUCUGGCUCUGCUCCAGGAGGCUCACGGCGUCGGAAUCCCAGCGAUCUGGCUGCAGCCGGGGACAUAUGACAGUCGUGUGCUCGAGUUUGCCGAGAGUCACUUUGCGGCGACGGUGGUAGGAGGAGGGGGCCGAGGCAGUGAGGGCUGGUGUGUGUUGGUGGAUGGUGAGGAUGGGCUGCGGGCAGCCCAGAGGGAAUGGAAGGCUCAGCUGUAGAUAGGCCAUGGGAGGUGAUACAGCAACACCCAGACUGCUACAUAUACAUCCUUCCAACUACUUCGCCUUCCUAAUUAGGAUGUCUAAUGGUGAAAUACACGCGCAGGUAAAUUGCAGACAGGUUAGCUACAGGUUAGUUAUAUGCAGGCAGACAGAAUACUCU